AAGGCUUAGUCGAUUAACAAUCCCAGCCACUUAGUAAAGCUCAAGGAGGUGAUAGCACAGCAACCGGCUUCUCGUUUUACUAAAAUAACGGGUCGGUUCUUAAUUCUCACGUAUUACCGGGUCCCUCAAUUUGAAGAUUUAGACACUAUCUUCUCAGUUUAACCUAAAACCCUCUCUGUUUCCCGAAGAAGAGACUAUCUUUUAUAACAAACUACAAGGAUUGAAUCUAUUGGGAUAAUUAUUUAUUAUGCUCUUUAACGGCAAAAUGAACAAAUUCAAAAAAGAAACUGCCACUUCAAGCAAAACCCAGAUUGUGGAAAGUGAUGAAGCAGAGCCAGAAUUAUCAUCAUAUUCUUCUCUAGACGACGAAGAUGAGGAGAGUGAGAUAGAGAGAGAAAUUGCAGAUGCGACAUUUGAGGAAUUGCAAAAAGCAAGGUCUAAUGGGUCUAUUUCAGUUCAUCAAAAACCUAAGCAAGAGAAAAAGCCUGGAAGGGCGAACAAGAAUAGGCCAAUGGAGGUUAGUUGCAAGAAGCCUGUGAGUCGGUUUCGAGAGGUUUUUCAAGCUCCUAAAAAGGUGGUACGUGAUCCCCGGUUUGAGUCUCUCUGUGGCCAACUCGAUGUUGACGGGUUUAGGAAAAGAUACAAUUUUUUAUAUGAGGAAAACCUCCCUGCUGAAAGAGAGGAAGCGAAGAAGCAACUGAAGAAAUCGAAUAACCCAAAAGUCAUUGAUCAAUUGAAGAACCACAUAUCUUUGAUUGAUAAAGAAUUAAAGUUUGAGUCAACCAAACAAACUGAUGCAGCGAUACUGGCUGAGCACAAGAAGAAAGAGAGAGAAGCGGCAAAGCACGGCAAAAAACCCUUUUAUAUGAAGAAUUCUGAAAUACGGAAGCAAAGACUUAUCGAGAAGUUCAACAAACUUAAGGAAUCUGGUAAGCUUGGAUCUUUUAUUGAGAAGAGGAGGAAGAAGAAUGCGUCCAAGGACCACAGAUACAUGCCAUACCGCAAUUCCGAGCAUACCGACUGCUGCUAAUCAAGGAAAAAGGGAAACAUAUAACUUUUUCAGCAAUGGUUUCUGUUGGCCUUGAAGAUGAUAUGGUGGAAAUGACAACAUUUUUAACCAAGAUUUUAAACACUUAAUAAAUUUAAUAUGGAAGACCUUGUAAUUGAACAAGAAAAACAAACCCCCUAUAUUUAAUUGUAUUAUGUUAGGCAUCAGGAGGGGAAACAUGAUGGAUUUAUUCCAUCCUUAAUUGAGAUACCUAGUUGCUUGCUUUGCA